AUGACUUUCAAGCUCAUCAUCCCUAUAGUUCUGUUGUUUAGUACAAGGCUUGUAUUUGGAAUCUGUCCACCAUUUUCUGGAUCUUUCUUUAUUGAACAGCAAGGCCUGUAUCCUGAGGGUGCUGACUGGGAUCCCAAUACUUGCACACUAUAUCUUGGUUACGAAAGAUCUUUGUUCAAUUGUUCAGUCAUAGCAUACAAUCCGUACAACAAGACAUCGGAAAUUAUCAACAUCCCAGGUAUCUCACAUCCUGGAAGUGACAAUUACACCGAGUACCAUCUCAAUGGCAUCGAAUAUAACCCGAAAACCGGUCACAUACUGGUCUCGGUCUCGUCCGCAGAGUCAUUCGUGAGUGUAAUAGCUCCAGGCCCAGACAAUACAAUUGCUGUCAAUUAUUCGAACGCGAACUACACUGGACCCAACCACCUUCUCGUGUAUGACCCAAAAUCCAAGCGGGUGAUUGCAGAUCUGAGUCUCGACGUGGCUCAGGCCGAAUAUGAGGCAGCCACUGGUAAUUUAACCAAUGGAUUUCAAGAUGUGGCCGCCGUCAAUACAACUGGAGAUUCCUAUCUCAUUGGGACCUUUGGAAAUUCGAUCGUUAAGCUCAUUCGCGACACAACCAUCCCGCAUGUCUGGUAUGCGCCCAGGAACUACAGUUACCAGUAUGGUUUCGGCGGUAUCGCGUCUCUGGGUGACAAGCUUAUUGUGUCUGAUGCCAUCUCAGGUGGUUUCGUGACGUUUGAUACUCGAGAGACGGAGCCUCAGCCAACCUAUGUGAAACUUCAAGACUUGCCAUCCAACUAUAGACCACUCAACGCGGAUGGGGUCUACCUGCCUAAGCGGUAUGAUGGCAAGGUUGUUCUGUGGUCCGAUGACUACAAUGGAACUUCUGUCUACGGGAGUGACAACGAUUGGGCCACCGCUCAUUUCAUAGGUCUCAUCGUCAACGAUGAUCCGGGCCGAAUUCAGGGUUCGAUGACCACUGCCUGCUUCGAAAUCAAUGAUAGAGUCUAUGUGCUCAAUCAAAUAUUCCAAUUCGCGCUCCCUGUCAAACCGCGGAAGAACUUUCCCUUUUUUGAUAUAACCGUGCAACUGGAUGCUCUCGUUGCGAACAGCUUCCUAGCAAACUCGACAAAGCCAUGA